AAACACCUCUUGGUGGGUGUGACUCGGAAGAGUCCGAUUCGACUCAAUUGGAUUCUAACGGGGACACUUUUCUUGGGGGAGAGGGUGCAACUAUUUACAAGUAAAAAGGGUAGGGUCCAAUCAGAAUUUGGACUAGGGCUUUUCUCCAAUUUUUUUUUAAUUUUUUUUUAAUUUAAUUUCACUCACAACUCAACCGAGUUUCUUCUUCCUCUUACUCAAUCAUCCCGAUCGGAUUUUCCGGCAGGGAACAGCAGCGACGGCGGCGGCAACACACGGUAACGGAUUUGUUGAUCAAUCAACAGAAGAAGUAACAUGUCAAGGUUUCAUGUCGGUGGGAAAGUGGUAGAUACCGUUGAUCUAUUACAAAAGAGGCAUUGGGCAUGGCGUUUGGAUAUGUGGCCUUUUACAAUACUCUAUGGAGUGUGGCUGUCAGCUGGAGUUCCUAGCCUUGAUUUCGGGGAUGCCUCAAUAGUUUUGGGCUGCAUUCUGGCAUUUCAUGUGCUGGUUUUUCUGUUCACUGUUUGGGCUGUGGAUUUUAAAUGCUUCGUGCAGUAUUCUAAGGUUAAUGAUAUCCAUCGUGCAGAUGCAUGCAAAAUUACUCCAGCUAAAUUUUCUGGCUCUAAAGAAGUUGUGCCACUUCACUUUCGGAAGUUGGCAGCUUCUUCUACAUCACCGGAUACGGAAGAAAUCUACUUUGAUUUCAGGAAGCAGCGAUUUAUUUACUCGACUGAGAACCAUACCUUUUUUAAGCUCCCUUAUCCGUCUAAGGAAACAAUUGGUUAUUAUCUCAAGAAUUCUGGUUACGGCACCGAAGCUAAAAUUCUGACUGCUACUGAGAAUUGGGGAAGGAAUGUAUUUGAAUAUCCUCAUCCCACGUUCCAAAAAUUGAUGAAAGAGCAAUGCAUGGAACCAUUUUUUGUAUUUCAGGUUUUCUGUGUGGGCCUAUGGUGUUUGGAUGAAUAUUGGUAUUACAGUCUGUUCACUCUAUUUAUGCUGUUUAUGUUUGAGUCAACCAUGGCGAAAAGCCGUUUGAAGACUCUAUCCGAACUUAGACGUGUGAAAGUGGAUACCCAGAUAUUGAUGGUGUAUCGGUGUGGGAAGUGGAAUAAACUUUCUGGGACAGAGCUCUUGCCUGGGGAUGUUGUGUCUAUUGGGCGCUCUAUAGCAUCGGAUGGAGAAGAAAAGUCUGUACCUGCUGACAUGCUUAUUUUAGCUGGUAGUGCUAUCGUGAAUGAAGCUAUUCUGACUGGCGAGUCCACACCGCAAUGGAAGGUUUCAGUAGUAGGUAGAAGAAGUGAUGAAAAGUUAUCAGCUAGGCGUGAUAAAUCACAUGUUCUUUUUGGUGGCACAAAAAUAUUACAGCAUACACCAGAUAAGACAUUUCACUUAAAAGCCCCUGAUGGAGGUUGUGUGGCAGUUGUUCUGCGAACUGGAUUUGAGACAAGUCAAGGAAAGCUAAUGCGUACUAUAUUGUUUUCUACUGAGAGGGUCACCGCAAAUAGCUGGGAGAGCGGACUCUUUAUUUUGUUCUUAGUUGUAUUUGCUCUGAUAGCUGCUGGUUACGUCCUUAUGAAGGGGCUUGAGGAUCCAACGAGGAGUAGAUACAAGCUUCUUUUGAGUUGUUCAUUGAUCAUUACUUCUGUAAUCCCCCCUGAACUUCCAAUGGAGCUGUCAAUUGCUGUUAAUACAUCGUUGAUUGCACUAGCAAGACGUGGGAUAUUUUGCACAGAACCAUUUAGGAUUCCAUUUGCUGGAAAGGUUGAUAUAUGCUGUUUUGACAAGACCGGGACACUAACAUCCGAUGACAUGGAAUUUACUGGAGUCCGUGGUUUGACAGACAGUGACACGGAAACAGAAAUAUCCGAAGUGCCGGAGCGAACUUUGGAAAUACUUGCUACUUGUCAUGCUUUGGUCUUUGUCGAUAAUAAGCUGGUUGGUGAUCCUCUUGAGAAGGCUGCACUAAAAGGAAUUGACUGGACCUACAAAUCAGAUGAAAAGGCCAUGCCAAAAAGGGGAGGUGCCAAUCUUGUCCAGAUUGUACAAAGGCACCACUUCGCUUCUCACUUAAAAAGAAUGGCAGUUGUUGUUCGGGUUCAGGAGCAGUUUUUUGCUUUUGUUAAGGGUGCACCAGAAACGAUCGAAGAAAGGCUCAUUGAUGUGCCUGAAUGGUAUGUUAAAACUUACAAGAAACAUACACGUCAAGGAUCUCGUGUUUUGGCUUUGGCAUACAAGUCUCUUCAGGAUAUGACAGUUAGCGAAGCAAGAAGCUUGGAUCGAGACACUGUGGAAAGUGGUCUUACUUUUGCUGGGUUUGCGAUCUUCAAUUGCCCUAUUCGGGAAGAUUCAGCCUCUGUGUUGUCUGGAUUAAAAGAAUCCUCACAUGAUUUGGUGAUGAUUACUGGGGAUCAAGCUUUGACAGCUUGCCAUGUUGCUGGCCAAGUUAAUAUUAUCUCAAAACCAGCCUUGAUUCUUGGACGAACAAAAGAUAAUGACGGAUAUGAGUGGGUUUCUCCAGAUGAGACAUACACGAUUAGCUACAGGGAGAAUGAGGUUGAAGAUCUGUCCGAGGCUCAUGAUCUCUGCAUUUCAGGUGACUGCAUAGAAAUGUUGCAGCAAACUUCGUCUACCCUUAAAGUCAUUCCAUAUGUGAAGGUAUUUGCUCGUGUUGCCCCCGAGCAAAAGGAACUCAUCAUCACUACAUUUAAGUCGGUGGGAAGGGUGACCCUUAUGUGCGGUGAUGGCACAAAUGAUGUCGGAGCUCUAAAGCAGGCUCAGGUUGGAGUAGCCCUACUCAACGCAAUACCUCCACCAGCACAGAAAGACAAAUCUUCCUCCGAAGCAUCAUCGAAAAAUGAAACGGAAAAAUCCGCUAAAUCGAAGAAACAGGAUAAUCAGUCAAAGACACGUGCCGUUUCAAAAUCAGUAUCCACUAGCAGUAAUCAAGCUGCAAACCGUCACAUGACGGCAGCCGAGAUUCAAAGCCAAAAGCUGAAGAAAAUGAUGGAGGAGAUGAACGAGGAUGGUGAUGGCAGAUCUGCUCCCGUCGUCAAGCUCGGUGAUGCGUCCAUGGCUUCACCUUUUACAGCAAAGCACGCUUCAGUUGCUCCCACUACAGACAUAAUUCGUCAGGGCCGAAGCACUCUUGUCACCACACUUCAAAUGUUCAAGAUCCUCGGGCUGAACUGCCUCGCAACUGCCUAUGUACUGAGCGUAAUGUACUUGGACGGUGUGAAAUUGGGCGAUGUACAGGCCACAAUCAGCGGCGUUUUCACAGCCGCAUUCUUUCUGUUUAUCUCACACGCCUCGCCGCUUCCGAAUCUUUCGGCUGAAAGGCCUCACCCUAAUAUCUUCUGCUCCUAUGUACUCCUCUCCCUCUUGGGCCAGUUUUCCGUUCACAUUUUCUUCUUGAUUUCGUCUGUGAAAGAGGCGGAGAAGUACAUGCCAGAUGUAUGCAUCGAACCCGAUUCGGAGUUUCAUCCGAAUCUUGUGAACACGGUUUCUUAUAUGGUCGGUUUGAUGCUACAAGUGGCCACGUUUGCCGUCAACUAUAUGGGACAUCCUUUCAAUCAGAGCAUCUCCCAAAACAAGCCCUUUCGUUAUGCACUCGUGGCGGCUGUUGGCUUUUUCACCGUCAUUACAUCGGACUUAUUUAGGGACUUGAACGAUUGGUUGAGGUUGGUGCCUAUGCCUAGACCGUUGAGGAAUAAGAUCAUGCUCUGGGCAUUCCUUACGUUUGCGAUCUGCUACACUUGGGAGUCGUUUUUGAGGUGGGCUUUCCCUGGUAAGAUGCCAGCUUGGAGAAAGAAACAAAGGCUCGUUGCAGCGAACGAAGAGAAGAAGAAGGUAUAAAGCUUUUUAAAGAAAUUGGAAUGAUGGAUAACAUGAAAAAAGAAGGUAUAAGCUUUCAUUAACUUGCAAUUUUGCCGGGGACGAAUAACAUGAAGUUGUUGCAGAUAUUGGGAGUCGUUGAUUAUAAUCGAACCCGGAAUUUUGUGAAUUCUUACAUUCAGAUACGGUAGCAUUUAAUUUUUGAAACUGUGCCCAAAAUCUCGAGUAAUUUGAAAAUGUGGCCUUAGCGUGCCCUCAAUUUAUUUUGGUUUCGAUACAAUAUAUAACUUUAAUUUCGUUUCAGCGAAGGAUUUUAUUCGAGGUUUGGAGCAUUUCUUUGAC